UUCUAAAGCGGCCUACAGACAAAAUGGUUAUCUACGGAGUUUACAUUGUGAACAAGUCCGGCGGGUUGAUAUUCAACUUGGAUCACAACCUACCGAAAAUAGAGACGGAGAAAACGUUUAGCUAUCCGCUGGAUAUCAAUCUGGACUACGAGGGUAAAAAGGUGUCGGUAGCUUUCGGACAGCGUGAUGGAAUUAACGUUGGCCACACACUGAUCAGUGUGAAUGGUGUGCACGUAAACGGAACGGCGCUCGAGGACGGUCGUGACGCAAAGGAGGUGAUCGAAAACAAGGACAACUACCCGCUAACGCUAAAGUUCAGCCGACCAAAGAUGACGACAAAUGAGAAAAUCUUUCUGGCCAGCAUGUUCUAUCCGCUGUUCGCCAUUGCCAGCCAGCUGAGCCCAGAACCGAAGAGUAGCGGCAUCGAAGUUCUGGAGGCCGACACAUUCCGCUUGCAUUGCUUUCAGACACUAACGGGAGUGAAGUUUAUGAUUGUCGCCGAAAACCUCCAGCCCGGAAUCGAUGUGCUGCUCCGACGUAUCUACGAACUGUACGCAGACUACGUCCUCAAAAACCCGUUCUAUUCCCUCGAAAUGCCCAUUCGCUGCGAACUGUUUGAUACGAACUUGCAAGCGUUGCUCGAUCAAGUAGAAAAGGGUGGUGUUGUUAGCGCCUAGAGUAAAUGGUCGGUACGAAAUUAUUUAUCCACAUAAUAUUAAAAGGUGA